GGAAAAAAAAAAGAACGAAAAAAAAAACGGCUAUGGCUAAUGGACGAGGAGGAGAUGAAGAGGAGGAGGAGGAGGAGGAAGAAGAAGAACUUCAAGAUGACGACGAAGAAGAGGGAGGAGAAGAAGAAGAGGAGGAGGAGGAGGAGGAGGAUAAGGAGGAGAAGGAAGAAGAAGAAGAACUCAAGCCGAUGGCUAAGAGAGGAGGACUAGAAGAUGGAGCUCUUAGAGCUCCAACAGGUCGAAAGGAUCCACGAGCGGUUAGAGAGGGAAUUACAAAUAGAACAGCCGGGCUUGAUACGUUAGAGGCAGACAAGGCUGCGUUAGAGGGUUUGGAUGAGUCAGCAAUGUCUGACCAACUAAAGAUAUUGAAGAACAAUAUGUUGUCGUUGCAUGCGGACGUGGACAGCAGAUUGGACUUUAUGCAGAACUCUCUAGACCAGAUCUUGGAUCUGUUGCAAAGGUCAGGAUAUAGGCCAGCAGCACAGUCGCCGUUGCCGUUAACGGCGAGGUCAGGCCCCUUUCCUAUACAAGCUGGCACACAACCAAGUGGCACGUCUGCAGCAGCAGCACAGACUGAUGUUUCUUCUUCUUCUGGGUCAGCGAUGGUAGCUACACCACCGCAACAACUUGUUCCUCAACAGGGACAGCAGCAAGGUCAGUGGUACCCGAAGACCCUUAUGAAACCGCCCCUUGCCUUCUUCGAAGAGAAGAAGGACGAGGAACUCAACACAUGGUUGAGAACGGUUCCAGUAUGGGUCAAGGAGAACAGGACUUUGCAGGAGGAGGAGGUGAUUACUGCUGCAUCUUACUUCGAGGCCUUAGAAGAUCUGGAAAGCGAGUGGUCAAACAAGGACCCUCGUGAAUCUUGGGUGGCACUAGGGAAAGGUCCUAGAGGGGAACAUUUCGUGGUGGAAGUUGAUGUAGGAGGCCGCAAAUGUGGUGCCUUCAUAGACAUUGGCUCCACGCGGAAUUACAUAAGUCGUGACUGUUUGGAAAGGCUGCACCUAAAGGACCGGGUACAGCACCUUAGUAGACCCGUAGCAUCUACUUUGGCCAAUAAGGAGCGCAUGAUUGUCACAGACUAUAUCAAUGAUGUAGUCUACACCUUCUCCUAUGGAGGAGGGGAACUUAAUCAUAAGAUUUCGUUCCUGUUUAGCGACGACUUGCCAUUCGACAUGUUGUUAGGCAUGUACUACCUUGAGGUUGUCAAGCCCCAGUUUGACUGGGACAAGAAGGUGCUAAAACAUAAGUUGCCUGAUGACAGAACAGUUUGGUUCCAUGAUCUGUUCACGGAGCCUACAGGAGUCGUAGAGAGGGAGAUCAUCCAUGCCAUAGAAAUCAUUCCAGGGAGUAAAACCCCAAAGGGAGGGAUCUAUAGGAUGGCUCCGGCCGAGUUGGAUGAACUUCGACGACAACUGAAAGAGCUGACAGAGAAGGGAUGGAUCCGACCAAGACAGAGUGUUUCCAUGGAUUUCAUGGACACCCUGGUGACCAGUAAGAGUGGCAAGAGGCACAUCUUCGUCAUCAUCGAUCGAUUCACCAAGUACGCUAGAGUAGUUGCCAUGCUAGAGACCGCAAGAACUGACCAUGUCAUCAAGUUGUUAUGGACAACUGGACGAUGGCGCGGCUGCACCGAGCGAUUGCACGGCUGCUUGGCGGUGGCGACGAUGGCACGGCCGGCUGUUGGAGGCGACGACGGAGUGGAGCGGCUGCACGGACCAGAGGGCGUGGCAGAGGAUGUCGUAAGGGAUGUCUGGAUACCCUUAGAAAAGAUCAAAACAGGGGAGAUUCGGCUCAAGAUUGAAAUACUUGGGGUUGGGCAAGAGCACUCCAAAAGUGUAGCGCAUGUGCCAAAGGAGCCAACACAACAAGAAGAGGAAGGUGUGUCAGCAGUCUUGGAGCUUGUGCUCAUUGAGGCGAAGAACCUUGUUGCUGCAAAUUGGGGCGGUACAAGUGAUCCUUAUGUUAGCGUUCGUUAUGGGCAGAUCAAAAAGCGAACGAAGGUUGUGUACAAGACUGUGAACCCUUUGUGGAACUUUAGUAUGUCUUUCAUCGAGGACGGGAGGAGUAGCUUGAUUUUGCACGUCAAGGACUACAAUACAAUUUUGAUGCCGACCACGAUAGGGCAUUGUGAGGUUGAUUUGGACGGACUAGAGCCAAAUAAGACAGUGGAUCAGUGGUUGCCUCUGAAAGGUGUGGACAAGGGAGAGCUACACAUUCGGAUCACACGAAAGGUUGCCUCAAAGUCAAAGAAGGAGAUGGUGAUGCCAAUGGUGAAGACUCAGGAGCAGCAGAACCCGGGGAAGAUCAAACUUCAGAAGUCCUCUGCACAGGUUCGCAAGCUGAUAAGAAAGGCGCUUUCCAUGAUCGAUGAGGACGGGGAGAACGAGGAGAUGAAGAUUUUGAUGGAGGAGCUAGAGACAACCGAGGAUGAGAGGGACGCCAUGAUUGAGCAGCUGCAGAGGGAUCGAGAUGCUCUUGUGGCCAAGGCCAGUGAGCUAGAGAAAGUCAUGUCCGGCCUUCUCUGACAGCCGCCCUCCCCCACCAAACAGCGAAUUUGUAUGUAUCCAUACCUUGGCUCUCUCUCUCGCUCUCUCUGUCUCUCUGUGGCAUAAAGAUUGAUCGACCGAUUGUGAAUGGUGGAGCAUGCAUCAUAUGGGGUAAGGGGAUCGCCCUUCUCAGGGGGUGCUCACACUAUAAUUUUUUUAGUUAUUUCUGCCCAGACGGCGGCCAGAUGCAUCGUGGUGCGACCAUAAAUGCAGUCAGAUACGUUUAAGAUAGUGCUAGUGUGAGUACGCCCUCAUUCAAUUCAGCAUGAGGCUCAGCUUGUCCAGGUGGCCUGGUGCUGGAUGUUUUUGUUGAAGACCGGCUGCUCUCAGUUCGGCUGUGUGGUGUAAUCAGAUGGUUCUAUGCACUAUCCACCUGAACUACGAGGCAUCGUCAGACAAUUACGUAAUCUUUCUUUCUUUGGCUUCUGCUGUUCUGGCGAUUUUUUCAGACGUAAUAGCUGCUAUGUGCACAGGAUUGUGUGCUAUCUAUGACUGGAUGGCUUGGCCAGUGAAUCAGUGAAGACAACCAUUGCUGGUGAACAUAUUACAUCAACUUUUGGCUUUGUUGGUUGGUGAAUUCGUCCACGAGGGUACGGUGUUUCAGAAGACUUGACGGUGACUCAACCGGGCACAAUAACCGCUACUACUUGUGUGGGUUCAUGUUACAAAUGCAGUGACAUUCGUGGGCAGGACAUGUUUUGUUCUGGUCCAUGUUAAGGCAUUGUGAAGCUGGAAGUUAUCAAGCACACACGCUCAUGCGGAUACACACACACACACACACGCUAUUCGGGGCAUUUCAGAAGAGUUGAUCAUCAGGCCUCUGAAGCACAUGAGCGGGUCCAUGUCACAAAUGCAGCAACGUCGAGACAUGUUUUGUUUUGUUCUGCGUCAAGGAAGGAUGAACUGGAAGGUAUCAAGCACACAAGCUCAUGCGAACAAACACACUACCUCUGAAGGGGGAUGAGUUGCAUAGAGGAGCAACUCGGGAUUAAGCUCCAUGAAUCUGGGCUUAGGUGAACUUGGGGUGACAGGUCCUGAGGGGUUCAAGGUGGAGGGAAGGCUGUUCUGGAGUUACUCUGUUACGCUUGAUUUUUCAUCCAAAUCAUCUGCUGAAGUAAUUUAACUCUAUGAAUGAGAAAUGGAAGAUGCCAGCCGCAAACUUGGCCCACUUCCCUAGCGGUAUCAGAGCUUCGGCUCGCAAGUUUCAGUAGGGGAUGAGUCAUGCAUGGACAGGCAAAUGCUGUGUGUCUCCCAGUAUCAAUCUCAAUCUGGUCUCUAAUCUGGUCCCUCGUUGUCGAUCAACUACAGACUUCGCGGAUGGCUGCAGUAUUUGAUGUCCAUCUCCCAGGUGUCAUGUAGUUUAUGCAGAGGGACACGUAAGACGCCAGCUGCUGCAAACAUCACCAUACAUCUCCCGGUUCAGGUCUCUAGUUUCGACUGCAGAUGACCCGUUCAUCACCCAAGCAGCUGCUGUGAGUCUCCCCAUAUCAAUCUGUCCGGCAGUGCAGGAUAGCAGGGAAGAUUGAUGUUGGUGGGACGGUCUGUUUAUUUUUCUGUGAGGCCCAAGGGUUGUCAAGUGCGGUGAGGAUGUCAGAAGGCCGGGCCUGCUGCUUGUGUUACGGGAUGCUUUGUUGCUCGCCGUGUUUCUUUAAGCCGGUUGUGCUUAUUAUGUUGGUAACCUCUGCGGAAGUCGGGGAAGGAGGACAACAGGAGAGCCCAGGCUUUUACCAGCUGAUGACGGGAUUGCGGAUGGAUGACGUCUGAAACCUGUACAGGAAACCUGGGGUUGUCAGCUGAUGACGGGAUCCAUGACAAAGAGAAUUAACAACCGUGUGUUACCGGAGACGGAUGAGGAUUCUUGUACACCAUGCUGUAGGGUGGACGAGAGGAUGGAUGUGAAAGACACCUGAAUGUGAUUGCUUCUGUGCAGCAGCAAACAUGGAGGGCAUUUUCCGCGCAUGGCGGAGUGAUAUUAUUCCAUGCACCGGGGACUCACGGUGUGCUUCUGUUUCUGACCUCACCUCGUGAUUUUGAAGACGAAAAAAUUUCUGGCUUGCUGAGAAUGGAACUGUGAUAUGGCUAGGGUUUUCACUGGUCUCCGGCGGACCAAUUUGCAAGCAUAUUAGUUUUUGGGUAGCAAAAAGGCUCAACGGGAAUGAAGAGAGGUGGACGGAUGUGCAUGCACACUCUACGAGGGAGACGAACGAGCAAUUUGAUAUCUUGCCCCGGGGCCUCCUGUCUGUAAUGUGCUUUCCGGCAGGCCGGAAACUGUUGGUUGGCAGUCCUUCACAGAGCCAGAAUUGUAAAAUUGUUUUUCUAUGGUUCUUUCAGCUUCUGCCUUACGAUUCUUUGUCUUGAAAAGUUCCAUUCCUCAUGUCAUGCCUCUUAGCUCAACAUUGCAGCAGAAAGUUGCUGAUGACAAGUGUUCUAUCAUACAUGCCAGCUUGAGAG